AUGUUAGAAGGAGCUAAAUUAAUAGGGGCCGGAGCUGCUACAAUUGCUUUAGCAGGAGCUGCUGUCGGUAUUGGAAACGUCUUCAGUUCUUUGAUCCAUUCAGUUGCCCGCAAUCCAUCAUUAGCUAAACAAUUAUUUGGUUAUGCCAUUUUGGGCUUUGCUCUGACCGAGGCAAUUGCCUUUCUGAUUGAUCUAUCAAGUCAAGAAGACGAGGCCCCAAGGGGUGUUGGGGGAAAGAAGAGCGGCCCCUUCGGGGCACCUAGUUGCUUUCUCCAAGUGAGUUUAGUAGCGGAGCGGGCAAUUAUAGCCUUUCUUGCAGAAUCCAAUCCAUCCCAACGAAAAAGACUAGCUUCGGGCUUAUCUAUCCACGCUAGAAAUGGAAGAUUUAGAGAUCGACGUUCCCACAUAAAGUCAUGCUUAGACGAACUUCUCGAUGCACAGUCGGGGCAGGCUUCUCUGAUUGGAACAAUCGCUCUAUUCCCUUUGCCUCUUAGGAGUCAGAGUUGCAGUGUUUGGCUUUUAUGGUUGGGAAGACUUCCCAAGAGGUCCUACGUAAAUGCCCGGCUGCUUCAACAAUUCUUUGAAAGCUCCACAACUAUGGCAGCCUUGACGCAUCGAGUUCACUCAUCCAUGCCCUUGGGUUACCCGACCGAUUGGCUUGAAGCUUUCAUCUCUUGUUGA